AUGAAGAUGCCUUCCCGUGUUUGGCUGCUGGCUCUGAACAUGGCAGCACUGACAGGAACUAUUUUUGGUGCAUACGAGCGAACUGAGAGGAACUGCUCUGCCACUCCACCGUACCUCCCCAGCACAGCUGUGAAUACAUCUGUCCAGCUGCAGGAGCUACGAGAGCGGAUGCUCACCAUGAAUGUCUCUGCCUACAUUAUUCCUGGCACUGACGCUCACCUGAGUGAGUACAUCGCCCCGCGCGAUGCCAGGAUGGCCUUCAUGACUGGUUUUACAGGCUCUGCAGGCACAGCUGUGGUCACGCAGACCAAGGCCGUUCUGUGGACGGACAGUCGCUACUGGCUUCAAGCUGAGAGACAGAUGGACUGCAACUGGGAGCUGGAAAUGGAUGCUUCCAGCAGCAGUGUGGCAGAGUGGCUAAUUUCUGAGGUGCCACCAGGCAGGAUCAUCGGCUUCGACCCUUUCCUCUUCUCCAUCGACAUGCAGGAGGACUACGCCGUCAUUCUGGAUUUGAGCGAGCACAGAUUCAUGCCCAUUCCUGUCAACCUGGUCGAUCAGGUGUGGAGGGACAGACCCCCGGUCCCACCUGACAGCCUCAACCGCCUGCCUGAUAGAGUCAUACAAAGGUCGUGGCAGAUUAAGGUGGAGGAAAUACGGGUAAUGAUGAGGGACAAUCCAUAUAAGCCCACAGCUCUGCUGCUUUCAGCUCUGGAUGAGACGGCUUGGCUCUUUAAUCUGCGAGGCAACGACAUUCCCUACAACCCCUUCUUCUACUCCUACACGCUUCUCACAAUGAACGAGAUCUGGCUUUUUGUCCACACCCACCGGGUGUCCGAGGAUUUAAAGGUGUACCUGAACGCAUCUUGCACAGGGCCCCUUUGUGUGCAGCUGAAAAGUUACGACUCUGUCCGUGAACAUCUGGAAACCUACGUGGACCAGCCGGGGGUCAAAGUGUGGAUCGGUACCGAGUGCACAAACUACGCUCUCUUUGAGAUCAUAACAUCACAGGAGAAAGUGAUGACGAGCUCGUACUCUCCAGUCCUGAUGACCAAAGCCGUAAAAGACGUGACUGAGCAGAAGAUCCUGAAGGACGCGCACGUGAGGGAUGCGGUGGCUGUUAUCCAGCUGUUGAUGUGGCUGGAAAAAGUUGUUUCAGAUGGGACUGAGACUGAGCUGAGUGCUGCAGAAUAUGUUAAUAAAUGUCGCAGCAAACAGAACGACAACCGAGGCCCAAGUUUUGAAACAAUUUCUGCAAGUGGACCAAACGCUGCUCUUGCCCAUUACAGUCCCACAGCUGAAACCAACAGGCGGCUGACCGUCAACGAGAUGUACCUGGUGGACUCCGGUGGCCAGUAUCUAGACGGCACCACUGACAUCACUCGGACGGUCCACUGGGGAACACCGACAGCCAUGCAGAAGGAGGCCUUCACUCGAGUGCUCAUGGGAAACAUUGAGAUAUCCAGAACCAUUUUCCCCUCAGGAACAAGUGGUGUGAGCAUGGAGAUGCUGGGUCGCAGGGCUCUGUGGGAGGUGGGCUUGAACUACGGCCACGGCACGGGUCACGGUAUCGGAAACUACUUUGGAGUUCACGAGUGGCCGGUCGGCUUUCAGACCAACAAUAUCCCCUUCACAACCGGCAUGUUCACGUCAAUAGAACCUGGAUAUUAUAAAGAGAAUGACUUCGGGAUACGGAUUGAAGAUGUUGUCAUGACAACACCCGCACACACACAGUUUGGACAUAACUUUCUGACAUUCGACACCGUCUCACUUGUUCCAUACGACAGAAAGCUGAUCGACACAUCACUCCUCAGCUCAGAACAGGUUCAGUGGCUGAAUAGAUACUACAAGAAGAUCCGGGACCUAGUGGGUCCCGAGCUGGACAAACAGGGUCUACAUGAGGAGAAGAACUGGAUGCUGAGGAACACGGAACCCUUUGGGUCUGGAUCUUCUGCCGUGUGUUCGUCCUCCCUGACCCUUGUGACCCUGGUCAUCGCUCUGCUCCACAACAUGGUCUGA